UACCUCGUGCGACACACAUUCCAGCGAUCGCAGCUCGCUGCAGUAGCGGCAGAAGUAGAGCUGCGAGAGCGGGGCCCGAACCUUCUUUUCUCCUUGGACGAGAUAGAGAACCCUCUCCGACUGCAGCAGGGACGCCAUCUUGGGGAGGGAGGAGCCAACGCCCGGCGCACCCGUCACGUGACUCGGCCCGGCGUUUUUCCCCCUCCCCGCGAGAUCCCUUACGUCUUUCACGUAGACGUUGACGUAAGCUACCGGACCCAGAGGGGCUUUGCGACUUCGGUGCGCGUGCGCUUCUCGGGUUUGGGCCCACCCAUUUCCGGGAGCCUUGGCUGCUGGGACCCUCCCUCAUCAUGACACUCUGACCUAGUCCAAAAUGCAGACAUGCUCAGUGCUCUUCUUUGCAUCUUCCAGAAAGUAAGGCUGCUGUUUCGUUUUCUCCCAACGGCCCCUUCCUACCCCUCCUUCCAGGCCACUAUUCCAUCCUAACUGGAAAGCAGAGUUACAGCAGCACGUUCUUCUUGACGGUCUUGCCACGGACCUCAGGAAACAUCCACAUUGACACUCCUUAGUAAGGUUAAAUGGCCAAACUUAGAACUGAAUAAAAGAAGAAAGGUGUAAGAAAGCCUGCUGGGCACCAGCAUUCCUGUUUCCUGGCUGUGGAUGCAGCAUGGCUAGCUGCCUGGUGACCCUGCAGCCACAGCUGGAGCUGCUCUUCCUGUCGUGCUUCCCUGCAGGGCUGGAUGAUACCUUCAAGCAAUGAGCCCAAAGGAGCCCUUAGAUUGUCAGGUCACAGCAGUAAGAAAAGGCCGACAUGGAUGCUAUCAGCCAAUCACCUGUGGAUGUCCUGCUUCCCAAGCACAUCCUGGAUAUCUGGGCCAUUGUCCUCAUCAUCCUGGCUACCAUCGUCGUCAUGACCUCCUUGUUUCUGUGCCCGGCCACUGCAGUCAUCAUCUAUCGAAUGCGGACUCAUCCGGUUCUCAAUGGGGCUGUCUGAGACCAUUGAAAGUGGGAUGGCGUGUGAUAAGGACACACACAGGUCUCUCCCCCAGCCUCUUCUCAGAGAGACAGUGGAGAAGACGCAGGAGUUGGACUUGCAGUUUAGUUUUGAUUCUGCAGCUGGCUGACAGUGUGGAUUUGACCAAGGGACCUAACGCUGUGGGUACCAGGCUCCUUAGCUUUCAACCAGGGGUCAUGGUCUCUGCCUCCCGCUUCACAGGGUUGAGAACCAUGUGACUUAAUGGAAGUGAACGCUGUUUGUGAGCAGUGAAGCCACACAGAUGUGUGCCGUGUAGUGAGAAACUGCAGAAGCAAAGAUCCUUGAAGCUGCUGAUGGUAAAGGAGGUGAGGGAGACUGGGAAAGAGCAGCUUUGGCCAGGGCCCCUCACACCAAACCAUGGACGUCUACCCCAUCCUCAGCAGAUCAAACUUUUGAUUUGUGAGACUUCUUCCGUUUUCCUCUGUUGGGGAGAAGGAGCUGGUACGGCAGAGAGAGAGAGAGAUGAGCACAGGUUUCACAAACUUCUCUGCCAAUCUCUGCCCCGUGUGACCCGAAGGAGAGCUUUGCCAUAAUUUAACAGUGCCCAAGGUUGGUGCAGUGACUUGCUUUCUGCACUGAGUCUCACGUCUCUGUUAGCUUUGACUCUCAAGCAGUGUUGGAAAUGCAGGGUGGCUGAGUUUUCUGCUCAGCAUUCCAGCCCCUUCGUGUGCCCCCCAGGAGAGAAUUUCCCUCUGCCUGAACUUUGUUGUCAUUAUCUUCGUGCUUUUGUUUAGUCAUUUUUGUUUGUGGCACUGGAGAACUCGGGGCCGUGUUCUGUCACUGAGUUACAAGCCCUUCCAGCUCCAGCAGCCAUCUAAAGUACUUAUUAUUUUAAGAGGUUUCCCAGGACUCUUGAACCUUACUCAAAACAACGAUGGUUAUUUCAGAUGCUAUGGUUUAUAUUUAUAUAGAGAUAUUUCUAGACUAUUAAAGCUUGCCCUUUGAUACCCAAGUCAGGGGCAUCUUGGGAUCUAUUGUUAUGUAAGAAGAUAGCAUAGAUAUUAGGAUAGUAUUGUGUCAAAUGAUGCUGACUUUGAUCUUACUUCCUUGAUGUAUGCAUCCAGUUUCCAAUAAAGUGCCGCACUGAA